ACUGAUUUUAAUUUGCUUUAACAUGUUUGUUUAUUGAAUUUUUCUUCAAGAAUGUUCAUAAACUUGAAAGGGUAUUGUUUGAAUAAUUGUUAGAACAAAACCACAAAGUUUCCUUAUAUGUUUGUAUUUGUUGGAAACAGACAAAAAUAAAGUGUUCUGGGAAAGAAGAACGCUGGUGUAUGCUAAAAAAUUUUUGCUGUCAUCUUACUUUGGAAGAAAGGGUAGUUUUUGAAAAUUUGAGAUGCUGCCAAGGGUGUUUUGGUGAAUUUCUAUCAUUGAUUGCAGUUUGGUAAAUAGAGCUGUAUUUGGACAGAAGUAGGAUAUAUAUGUUUCGUAUUCUUUGUUGUAAAGUACUUGGGAAAAUAUGCUGAUGUUAUAGUAGCACGUGUCAUCAUGUGGAGACUUAUGGAGCAAAAACAAUGAGACAAAGGAUAUCCAAGCAAUUUAGUGGCAGAGGGAGACUAGUUCAGAUGGCUUGGUUUUAUUGAUGCCUUUUGUUAGGCUUGUUUGCUUUAGGCCAUGCUGUAUUGAUGAUAAGAUCAAAAUUUUGUUUUCUUUCAUCAAGUUCAAUUCUUGGAGUCCUAGCUUUACUAAGGAAUUGAGAAAUUAAGCAUAUGCAAAAUUAGGAUUUCUAGUUUUUAAGGUUUGCUUUUAAAUUUUGUUAAUUGGUUAAUUUGGGAUGGAUAGCAGUAGACCAUAGGUGAGAGGGUGAGGUGAAUAUCUCUAUUUGGAGGCUUAACUCAAAUUUUUAUGGAGACAAUUUGGAUCAGAAUUGGACAUAUUGAUGUAGAGUAAGGAUAGAAAGAUGAACCUUGGCCAAAAACGCAAAAAAGGAAAAAAAAAGAUAGAAUGAUGAAUGAGGGUUGGAUAUCAUAUAUGAUUCUGAAUUUGAGGCAUUUGAAGGUAGGAACCAUAAAUCUUUCAAAAACUUUAUUUUGCAUUACUAAACUUUUUCAUUAUCCUACACUAUUUUACAAACAUAUGCAUAAUUUUGCUUCGGUUACUCAACCAUGCAUGCUAUAUCACUUGGUAUUUUCUAAGGGCUUUUUGUUGAAAAUUCACAUAUUAUGACGGUGCUUCAUGUAUGGGAGGGUUAGUGUAUUGAUGCAAAUGGAACUUAUAUGAUAGAUGUCAUCGAGUCAAGUGCAUGAUAAACCACUUAAAUACAUUCAUCUUCAUAUAUAUACAUGUGUUAUAAUAGAGCUUUUCUGAAGUUGUAAUUUGAUGAGAUCCUAGUUUUCUUGAAUCGGUUACUUAUAGUCACAUUCUUCAGAACCCAAUUUUGCUAACAGAAUUAUGAAGCACAGCACCACCGUACCUUUAGAAACAACAGAAUCAACAUGUUUUAACCAUUUCCAGCAGACAAACCUUUGAGUGAAGCAUGAGAGUGGCUGAUUAUGCCUAUUGACAAAACCAGCCCCAUGAAACAAGAAGGCUAGGAAAAGGUCUAACAAAGCAAUCACAUCCUACAAAGAAAUCUGAAUAAAAAACCAUAAAAAGAAAGCAUUAUUAGCAAGAAAGAUGAGGAAGGUGAUUUGAAUACUUUUAGCAUGCAUUUUCCAACAAGAGUGACUGAAUACUUUUUGGAUAUGUAAUUAACAAAAUGAGAAGACUAAAGAUUUAUGGAGUUACUGAAUUCCUUUGAUAAUUUGCAAAAAUGGUGAGAUUCUCGGGGAAGGCAAUGGUGGAAGUGUUGUGUCCGACAGUUUGGCUCACAAAAAUUAACAAUCUUCCAAUUCAUGGGUUCAGAAUAUUGUUCACAGUUUUUGUUUAUAUGGAUAGCCUUGUUUCAGUCAGAGGAGGGAAUCAAAUGCUUGAUGGAGUACAGUUGAAGGGACUGAAUAGAACCUAUCGCUCUGCAUAUUCUUAGCUGUCUAUGAAGUGGAGUAUUAAACAAAGAUAAGUAUGGUUUUCAGCAAGCAUUAUCGUAUUGUCCUUUUAGAUCAAAUGUUUUACUGUAAAUCUUGUUGAGUUCCUUUUGUCAUUGAAAAAUAUAUUUACUUUUAUCUAGGACCUUUCGGGAAAAUAUAGUAGGAAAUGACCUUCCAACUGUGGUGGAAAGGGUAUCUCACUGUUUGCGGUAGGGAAAGCUUGCUGAUGCUCUUUCCUUUACAUAUAUCAGUACUGCAAAAUGUUUAUUCAAUACAUAGCAGGACUUAAAAUUUUUAGUCAUGACCCUUUUUCUCAAUUUGUGAUUUUUAUUGAAACUAGAUAUUUUCACACUUAUGACCAGAUUUUUGAGGCACUAUGUCAUCAAGCUUUCAGUUUUGUGAAGAAACAAUAAGUAUUUGGUUUAUUUAUUUUCAGAUCACCUAUAUAAGAACCUCAUUCCUGAAUAUCUACAUUAAAAAGCUCUAGGAAUCACCAAAAUUUUGUGCACACUUUUCCCAGGAGUAUAAUUUUUGAAGCAAUGUAAAUGUGUGACAUACCUCUUGAAACACUUGUGACAUGUUGUUUUCAAGAAUAAUGGCCACAUUUUUAUAGAACUGUGUGUUGAACUCUAAGAGAUAAAGAGGAAAAUCAUAAGCAGUGACAAGAACAUUUCGAUCAUAAGAUGGCGGAAGUGCAAAAAGAUUUUCUUUCAUAGGCAUUGCCAAGGAAAAACAAAUGUUUUUCUGUCCUGACAAGUGCCCUUCUCUUGGAUUGAUAGACAGAAAAUGUACUCAAAAGCACUUCUUUCUGUUACUAUGUUUAUUUUCUUUACAGAAAUAUGCAUAAAACUCCUGAACCAACUGUAUCAAUAGCGAAAGUCAAGCAUCUGAAUUAUUUUAAAUGCUCAUUAAAAUUCUUCUUCUGAAAGAAAAGAAUAUGAUGAGACAAGAUUUCCCCAGGAAUCUGUGCUUAAAGAAUAUGCCCCAACUUUUAGAGAAGGCAGUAAGAAACAAAACUCACCCACCAAGGUUGGAAUACUAAUAAAGUCGUAAUCAUCAAGUUUUGAGAUAGUGAAACAGCACCAUGCCAGUCCCUGAUGCCACAUUGGGAUUGCAUGAUUUGGGAGUGAAAGAUUCAAGGACUUUUAAUUCUAUGAUUGCAGGGCUAAGGAAAGAAAAACAAUUUUAACAUGAUUAUCAGUUUCAAAAACUGAUGCUAAAUUGAUGGUAAUAACUGAAAAGAAAAGAACGCAGGUAUAAUAUUUGGUAGGUUCUGCCAUGCAACUAUUACUGUACUUAUCUUAACCUGCAUAUUAAAGCUCUCCAAGAUUUGUUGUGGCAAAUGGUUAUUGAUGCAGGUAUAUUUUUCAGGGAAACCAUGAGUUUCGACAAGCGUAUAAACAUGAGUUUUUGAUAAUAAUGUGCACAUGCAGGGUUUUGGCUUCUCUAGUUAUUGACUGUAGGGAAGGAGAAGAACAAAAAGAACCUAGAAUGGAGGGCAUUGGUGAUCUGCCAAGAGAAUUGUUCCUUGAAAUCCUCUUACGGUUGCCAGUGGAAUCUUUGAUGCGAUGCAAGUGCGUUUGCAAAUUUUGGUACGCUCUCAUUCGCAAUGCUAAAUUCAUUGAGUUGCACCUUAAGUACAACUGCAACAACAAUGUAUGUGUCCUUCUCAAGCGCUGCCUUCUGACAUGCUUAGGGGAGAAAGAAAAUAUGUUGUCUUUGGUCUGCAGCAACGGUUUUUCGUUUGUAAAUUUAGAUGUUGACUUGUCUUUGUAUAAGAAGGAGCCAUGUUUGCAACUUUUAGGCCAUUGUGAUGGCGUUAUCUGUCUAUCAAAUUACAGAGAUGAUAUAGUUCUAUGUAACCCUGCAACUAGGGAGUCCAUGGUCCUCCCCCAGUCUUGUCUCCCUUGUUCUCCAUCAAUACCAAAUUUGAUCCCGCAAACCAGUGCCUUGGGAUUUGGUUAUGAUGCAAAAAGUCACCACUGCAAAGUUGUUAGGAUAGUUUCAUAUUGGGAGGAGAUAAAUGAGAGUGGCUUACCCCACCUUUCCAGGGUUGAAGUCUACUCUUUGGGAACUGGUUCUUGGAAAGAAAUCAAUGUCAAGGUCCCUGCCCAUGUCUUGUAUUCUCCAUGUUUCGAAACAUACUUUAAUGGAUCCUUUCACUGGUAUGCUGUGGAUGAUAACAGAAAUGAAGUCAUCCUUUCAUUCCACAUGGGAAAUGAGGAGUUCCAAGUAAUACCAAUGCCAAGUUUUCUCUCCAUGUAUGAUUAUUCAAUGUGUAGGAGUCUUUUGGUUUGGAUGGGGUGCAUUUCUCUAAUAAUCUAUCCAGGGAGGGGGAUUGAAAAAUCAUUUGAGAUAUGUGUGAUGAAAGAGUAUGGAGUGAGGAAAUCUUGGACAAAAGUAUUGACAAUUGGACCUCUUUCAAGAGUGGAAAAGCCUUUGGUUUUUUGGAAAAAUGAUGAGAUUCUAAUGGAAGGCACUGACGGACAGGCUGUGUCUUACAACCUUAGGACCCAAGAAGUUAAGGAUCUUCCAAUUUAUGGGGUUCCAAAGUCAUUUGCAACUCUUGUUUACGUGAAUAGUCUUGUUUCAGUCAAAGGAGGCUAUCAAAUGCUCGAUGAAGGAGAUAAUACAGAUUUUGAUUGGUGAAGGCUUUUCCACCCUGGAUAACCUUCCGAAAAGCUCCCGUCAGUAUGAACCAAAGGUUGAGAGCCCUGUACCAUCAUGAGUGAGACAUACAGGAGGAUGGAAAGCCAAUGUUGCCAGGUUCAACAAAUAAGAAAGGAAAAAUGAACAGAGAAAAAAUCUUCAGUGUACAGAAUGUCAUAAAUGUACAGAAAAAAAACCAUCCUAAAUUUGGGUUUAUCAGAAUCUUUGUGCUAUAAAUAAAGAUAUUUAAGAUCAAUAAGUGUGGAAUUUCUGAAAUCUUUUUGGAUUGGUAGAGCCAGGAUAAUGUUGCCGAUUCCUACUUUACUAAGUUCUGCCAUUUACUUGCUCCAAACAGUUUGCUAAUACCUUUACAACAAUCUUGUAAA